CUACUGAGACUAAAUAUUUGUAACUCGCAGUCCACUCCCAAAGAUAAGAAUCUUAGAUUUACGUUUUCUUAUCUUGUACUAAAUUGGGCCAUGCCGUCUGUUUUCUAUCAGCCGUCGUGUUAUAACCAAUGACCUGAGCGACCAUCAAACAUUAUAGGGGGUGGUUCUAAAGUUUGUUUACACAAUAAUGGCAGAAGAAGUCAAAAGAGAAACUUAAGACUAGUCUUUUAGGUUCUGUCCAAGGUUACGGUAUCCUGUUUAGUCGAGCGUGUCUUAUUAUGAUGUUGAUGCCGUGUCUAUAAUUGCACUAAAACUAAGCUUAUCGAUUGGACUGAUAAUGGGUGCUUUUAUAUUCUGCAUCGCAGAAACACAGUGAGAACGAGAGAGAGGCGGCUGCUGUUGGUUUACCUCUGACGUCUAAGAGCGCGUUGGCUUUGGUGUCGCCUGUCUUCAUCUUACUUGACAAGGAAUCUUGAAAAAAAAAAAAAGAUGUUGCUCGGACUUUGUGUCGUCUUUUUUAUCGAUACGUUUCUGUUUGUUCUGGUGGGACACUGCCUUCCUGUGCCCGACUCUGGGCCGCAUAUCAUCAAUGGAUGGGGAAAGCCUGUGAGACUUAGGCAUCUGUACACAACAAACAGUCGUGGGCUAGUCAGCUACUACUUGCAGAUAAAUGAAGAUGGCAGAGUGGAUGGAACCACUUCUCAAAGUUCUUACAGUUUAUUAGAAAUCCGACCCGUCUCUUCUGGAUCUGUAGCAAUCAAAGGAGUUAAAAGUUACCGGUAUCUCUGUAUGGACAAGCAUGGGAAAUUACAUGGCUCGCACACAUACACAAAAGAAGAUUGCUCCUUCGUUGAACGUAUUCUACCAGGCGGGUACAAUGUGUAUACAUCUGAGCAGCACAAGGACCCUGUGAGUUUGAGCAGCACCAAACAAAGACUGCAGUCUAAAGGGAGAGGAUUGCCUCCCCUGUCUCAGUUCCUGCCUAUGGUCAGCACCAUUCCUGAGGAGCCAGUAGACUUUGGUUUUGAAGAUCUGGACCAGCCCUCUGAUCUGGGGUUUGGACUUUCAUCUCCCCCAGAGACUGACAGCAUGGAUCCCUUUGGAACGAUAUCCAGAAUCUAUAUGCAGAGCCCCAGUUUCCACAAGAAGUAAACAAAAUGACCAUCCUUUUUUAAAAGGUUCGUCUUACACAGACUAAUGCUUGGCUACCCUUGGAACCAGGGCACUGAACAGGGCACGGUGUUACUUGCUUUCCAAACUAAACCCAGUGGAAAUUGAACGUUUAUAUAAGCACCUGUACUGUACUGUAUAUGGGUUACCAAGUGCCUCAUGGUUUUCUGAAAACCAUUCUGGAAAAUGACUUACGAGAUGCUGCAUGUGUCUCUGAAAUGAUCAUGUACCACUCCCCUUCAUGUAUGUAGAACAGUAAAACCUAUUGUGGAGGAAGCUUUUUAUUCUUCAGGAAACUGAAGGAACCUGUCUUUGUUUACCCUCAUUCAAGCACUUGCUUUUCAAAGCAAUAUUUAUAAUUCAUUCAUUUAAUUUAAACAUCCCCAUUUGUUAUUGUCUUUUGUUAUCAACAAAUAUGUAUUUAUAGUGUGUAAGUUUAUAUAUAUAUACAUACAUAUAUGUCAUGGUAUAUAGUUAUUAUUUUUGUAUAACUUGUAUGAAAACUAAUACUGUUACCUAAUAUUUACUAUUUUCCUAUUUACCUAAUAGGAUGAAAUGUUGAUCUGUGUAUGAGUUGUAGAGCUAAAAUAAAACCUCUGGAGCGUGCAUGUUUUUUACUUACAUUUUCAUUAUUGGGAAGAAAACCAAAGUAACAAUCUUAAUUCUGUGUAUUUAUGUUUGCAACAUUCCUGUAUUAGUGUUUUAGAAUCAUAUAUUUUCAUUUGAAAAGCACCAACAAGACAAUUUGAAGACUAAUAAACUAGCAAACUAUUUUUUAUUUA